AUGGAAUAAUUUGCCCCUUUAAGAGACAACUUGGUUGGCCACUGUGACCGGGAGGGCUCCGCUAGGCAGCAGCGUAUCAGGGCAUUUCAGCAGUCGGUGUGGCAAAGCCCCUUUAAAACAUUACACGUAUUGGGGGCUGGCGUGAGGUAAUGCAUCGCACAAACUCUAUCCUUUCGCGACCAUAUUCGCCGGGUACAUGUGGUAAUCGUAGAGCGCACAACUUGAGAGGAAAAACGGAAAACUAUAUGAGCGCACACGUUUUUAACCGGGAAAUUUACAUGGAACAUCGCAGGUCUUUUACUUAAACUGAAGGUGGUUUGACGUGCAUCUCAUGAAACUAAAACCAACUGAAAAGAAACUACAAAACUCAAAUCUGAACGAGAAUGGAUUUUUGUUGUGGUCCUAACCACUGAAACGUUGUGAUUUGCAUGGAUUUAAAAGCACACGUUGGUAAUACAUUUUGGAUAACCGAUUCUCCCCCACUUUGCCCAGUCGAGGGCAUUGAAACUUGCCUCGAAUCUAUCCAGCACGAAACGGCGGGUCGUGGACUUUAAUCUGGUUUGUAAAAAAAUAAAGGGCUUCAUCUGAACAGUCCUGAGUGUCUUUCUCGCCUCGUCUCGCCCCUAAGCUGCCCUGAUGUGAAGGAGCUGGACAGGUGGACGCCACAGAUAGGAACCAUAAGGGGAGCUGUUUUAACCAAGCUGCUGGGAGGUCAAGAGGUGACACACCUCUGUAACACACUUUUGGAAACAAAUGAUUGGUUGCCAUGCCUCGGAUGGUGCGAUGUGGUUUCCCAGUCCUGGUGGCCGUGAUCCCAGUGCUGCUGCUAGCCACCCGCUGGCCCUCCCCCAGCCUGGCCUCUGACCCCGCCCCCUACCCCGCCUUCACACGCAACGAUACACUCUUUGAGCACAUGGCGCUCCACCCGGACCCUGCGAUGGGGCGUGUCUACGUGGGGGCGCGGGACCGCCUCUUCCAGCUCGACCGCCACCUGAACGUCGAGCUCCAGGACGACACGGGGCCCGUGACGGACAGCCGCGACUGCCUGCCCCCCGUCACUGAGGUCAACUGCCCCCAGGCGAGGCCCACCAACAACCACAACAAGCUCCUUCUGGUGGACCCGUAUUCCAUGGAGCUGAUCACGUGCGGCAGCGUCAACCAGGGCAUCUGCCAGAAGCGCAGCCUGGACUCGGUGGGCACGGUGCUGUUUUCGGCGGAGCGCCCGGUGGACACGCAGUACGUGGCGGCCAACCACCCCAACGUGAGCACCGUGGGCCUGGUGGCGCGGCACGGAGGCCGGCCGGUGCUCUUCGUGGGCCGCGGCUACACCAGCAGCCACCCGCCCAUCUCCACGCGCAACCUGGCCCAGGAGCCCGUGUUCUCCUACGAGGAGACGGCCAAGCUGGCGGUGGCGGGGCGCCUGUCGGAGUACGACCACCACUUCGUGGCCUCCUUCGCCCACCGCCAGCAUGUCUACUUCCUGUUCUACCGGCGCGACCUCAAGUCUCAGUCACGCGAGUACCGCACCUAUGUGUCCCGCGUCUGUCUAGACGACCAGGCCUACUACUCCUACGUGGAAGUCCCCCUGGCCUGCCUGUCCGCCGCCGGGAAGAGCUACAACCUGCUCCAGGCGAUGCGCCUUGGCUUACCGCCCCGGGAGGUGGGGGGCGAGGCCGGGCUAGCCAAGGUGCUCCUGGGGGUGUUCUCCACCCGCCAGGCCUCGUCCACGCGACCCAGCGAGGACUCCGCUCUCUGCAUGUUUAAUCUGGACGAUCUGGACCAGAAGAUCAACUCCACCCGUGACCUGUGCUACACCCAGAUUGGCCGGACUGAAGGGGGGGCCGAGGCGGCCUACAUCGAGUACGAAGUCAAGUCCAAUUGUGCCAACCUGCCAUCGAACACCCUGGAUGCAUAUCCCUGUGGAUCCGACCACACGCCGAGUCCAAUGGCCAGCCGCGUCCCGGUGGAAGCCGAGCCGAUUUUGAACAGCCCGUCGGCGCGUCUCACCGCCGUGGCUGUCAGCGUGAGGGCGGGACAUACCAUCGCCUUCCUGGGGGACUCUAAGGGGAACCUGCGCAAGGUGUUCCUGGGGCCUAGUGGGGAGGUGGAGGAGUAUGCCGUUGUCUCCAUCCAGCCCAACUCCCCCAUCAGCUCUGACCUGGUUCUGGAUCAUUCUGAGGAGCACCUCUUUGUUAUGACCUCCACCACUCUGCAGAAGAGACCGGUGGCUGAGUGUCACAAACACCUGGACUGCCAGGAAUGUCUGUCAGCUCAUGACCCUUACUGUGGAUGGUGUGUCCUGGAGGGGAGGUGUGGGCUGCAGUCUCAGUGUUCCCGUGGGGCCCAGGGGAGCCAGUGGUUGUGGAGCUUUGACAUGGAGCAGCAGUGUCUCAGUGUCCAGACCCUCAGCCCCUCCAACAUCAGCCGAGAGGAGACCAGAAGUAUCUCCAUGUCAGUCCCACGCCUGCCCCUCCUGGAAGAGGAGGAGUCCUACUCCUGUUUCUUCCAUGGUUCUGAGAGUCCCGCCACUGUCACAGACACUGGUGUGAUCUGCCGCUCCCCGGACCCCCCGGGGGUGCCCGCCGUGCCCCCCGGACAAGAUUUUGUCACCAUAACGCUGUCCCUCCGUUUCCAUGACAUUGUGGUCACCGCGACAGAGUUCACCUUCUACGACUGUACUGCCGUCAAGCAGUUGUCAGGGAGUAUGCCUUGCCGUGGUUGCGUGUUGAGUCGCUGGGGCUGCAACUGGUGUGUUCACCAGCAUACCUGCACCCACAAGGCCACCUGUGACGAGGGAGUCAUCAUCUAUAAUGAACACUUCCAACUCCCCACCUCAGCUCCUCCCACAACCAAAGCCGUAAUUCUAACAACAACUUCGCCAUCCACGACUGUGGCCCCAACAACCACACUUGCACCGCCAACAACAACAACAACAACUUCAACAACAGAGGCAACAACUACUCCGCCCCCAACAACUACUCCGCCCCCAACAACUACUCCGCCCCCAACAACUACUCUGCCCCCAACAACUACUCUGCCCCCAACAACAACCCCGCCCCCAACAACAACAGCCGAAGCUACCACCCAGGAGCCUACAUCAACACCCUUGCCUACAGACGUUCUGACCACCAUCACCGUGGAUCCCACAACAGCGUCCACCGCCGCCGUGCCAACAGAGACCCCUAUCGCCCUGCCCCCUACAGAUUUAUCCCUAACGGCGAGCGCCAUGCCCGAGACCACCACCGGCAAGGACGAGGAGCCGGCGGCCGCUGAAGACCUCGCCCUCGAGGCUGAAACUGAAGGCCCUGAAACGGUUACCCCCGACGACGUGGCGCUUGCCGCUGAAACCGAAGUGGCAACGGCGAUGACCGAAGAGGACCAGCCAUUGGGUGAUCUGGCCACGCUGACCCCACUGGCGUUCCCCCCGGAGAUAUCCCCAUUGGAGGUGGUCACCGUGUCGCCCGCCCAGGAACCGGACCAGUCUUCAGCUGUCGCGGAGCCUCCCAUGGACCCGACCACGGCUGCCAGCCAGCCCCUUCACACCCCCUUCCUCCUGGGCGAACCAGGCGACUCAGAUCCAACCUACCACCUGGACCUGACGGUGCCCCCCACCUCGCCACCGCUGGACCCGGAGCCCCCAACCGAACCAGAAGUUCUCGGGGUGGAAGUCGAGGGGGGUAAGGCGAUGGAGAACGACUCCGUUGCCACGGUGCUGUCGGGCGACGGAGAGACCGCGGACCGCUCGCCUUCGGCCUCUGCCUACCCACAGCUCCUGGACACCGACUCGGAGCAGGAGUACCAGUACGACCCGGCUGACGCCUUCCUGCCGGGGGACGAGGCCUCCUAUGACAGCUGGGGUUUGGGCUCGUCUGCUUGCCCCUGUGUGGAGAGAGUUCAGGGGUCACCUCUGUUACCAGUCCGAGUGGAGAGGAAGAUCACGUUGCUGGCCCGGAACCUUCACCUGUACCAGGACAGAGACCUGGAAUACGAGUGCGUGUUGGUGAUCGAGGGCCGUACGGUGGUGGUGGACGCCUACGUGGAGACAGACGAGAUGAACCCGUCUCUCUAUGACAUCACCUGUCAGCUGCACCAGUAUUCCUACUCCGCCCCAGUGGAUCGGUACAAUGCCAUGGUGUAUGUGAAGAGGCGGGACACCUUCCACGUGGACAGCUCCCCUGACUUGUAUGUGACCCUGUACGACUGUUCGGUGGGUCGGUCCGACUGCAGUCGGUGUCACACGGCGGACCCAGAGUAUGGCUGCGUGUGGUGCGGCGGUCCCCAGUCCGCCUGUCUCUACGGAGACGCCUGCAGGGAGCCCAUCGAGCAGACCUGUCCCGCCCCCCUCAUCCACACGAUUGAGCCCCUGUCAGGCCUGGUGGAGGGGGGCACAGUGGUGACUAUCUCUGGGUCCAACCUGGGACAGAAGGCGGAGGACAUCCUGACCUCUGUUACGGUGGCUGGGGUCUCCUGCUCGGUCAUGCCCCAUCUUUAUGAGGUCUCUUCCAGGAUUGUGUGCCGAACAAUGAACAGCGGGGGGGCGAGGGCGGGCCAGGUGUCAGUCCAGGUGAGCGGGGGGGGAUUCGGCCUCUCCACCCAGAAGUUCAGCUACCAGGACCCGUUUGUGAUGGGGGUGACCCCCCAGCGGGGUCCCAAGGCGGGGGGCACGUCCCUGACCAUCACCGGAAGGAACCUGCUAACCGGACGGUCCUCUGACAUCACCAUUACCGUGGGCGGAGAGCCCUGUGUGAUCAUGUCUGAGGUCCGGGAGGACAGGGUGGUGUGUGUGACGAGCAGCAGCAACAGGACCGGGGAGCACCGGGUCACGUUUCGCUAUGGCAACAGUCAGCGCCACCUCUAUGAUUCAGCGUACUACUACACCCACAACCCCAACAUCACCCAGGCUGCCCCGGCCAAGAGCUUCCUCAGUGGAGGCCGUCUGGUCUACGUGUCGGGACACAACCUCGAUGUGGUGCAGGACCCCCGGAUGCUGGUCACCUCGUCCCCCUACGAGCCCUUCCCUCAGAGCAAGAAGAGGAGAAGGCGAAGGAGAAGUGGAGGAAGAAAUGAGGUGACGGCCGACGACUUGCCGUUGAGGAAUCCCGGGAACAUUCCGGAACCCACCUGUCUCGGGGACUCUGCCUGCUCCGUCAAACAGUACGUGGAACGCUGCGAGGUGAACUCUUCCAGUCUGAUCCUCUGCCGCAGCCCGGCGGUGGAGCCCUCUGUGUGGGGCUCGCGGGUGGAUGUGGUGUUCCUCCUGGACAACCUACAUUUCCCGUUCAGCGCCGUCAACCCGCAAGGCGCCUUCAGCUACGAGCCUAACCCCAAGCUUCACCCUCUCAACCAGCAGGAACCUCUCAAGCCCUACCGCUACAACCCUGGAAGCUUCAUCCAGCUGGAGGGGGAGAACCUGGACCUGGCAAUCACCAAAGAGGAGGUGGUGGUUCUGGUGGGGGAGGGUGUGUGUGCUGUGAAGACCCUGACCAGGAACCACUUAUACUGUGAGCCCCCGCCCCUACAGCCCCUCCCGGGAGCACCCAACAGGAAACGCCAGGGCUCCGACACUCUGCCGGAGUUCACCGUCCACAUGGGCAACCUGAACUUCUCCCUGGGGAGGGUGCAGUAUGACAUCCUCAGCCCCUCCACCUUCCCCCUGGAGGCCCAGGUGGGUGUUGGGGUGGGGGCUUCCAUCGUGGCUCUCAUUGUCCUCAUCAUAGUGCUCAUCUACAGGAGGAAGAGUAAGCAGGCUCUGAGGGACUACAAGAAAGUCCAGAUCCAGUUGGAGAACCUGGAGACCAGUGUGAGAGACCGCUGCAAGAAAGAGUUCACAGACCUGAUGACGGAGAUGAUGGACAUGUCCAGUGACCUGGUGGGCUCUGGCAUUCCCUUCCUGGACUACCGGCGCUACGCCGAGCGUAUCUUCUUCCCCGGCCACCGGGAGUCCCCCCUGCGCAGGGAUCUGGACGUGCAGGAGUGUCGGCGCGCCACGGUAGAGCAGGGCCUCGUUCAGCUCUCCAACCUCCUCAACAGCAAACUCUUCCUCACCAAGUUCAUCCACACGCUGGAGAGCCAGCGGACGUUCUCGCCCCGGGACCGGGCCUACGUGGCGUCUCUCCUGACGGUGGCGCUUCACGGCAAACUGGAGUAUUUCACGGACAUCCUUAAGACCCUCCUCAAUGACCUGGUGGAGCAGUACGUGGCCAAGAACCCCAAACUCAUGCUGCGGAGGACGGAGACGGUGGUGGAGAAGCUGCUGACCAAUUGGAUGUCCGUCUGCCUCUAUGCUUUCCUCAGGGACUCUGCAGGCGAGUCCCUCUACAUGUUGUUCAGAGCCAUCAAGCACCAGGUGGACAAAGGCCCUGUGGAUGCAGUGACUGGCAAGGCCAAGUACACCCUCAACGACAACCGCCUGCUCAGAGAAGACGUUGAGUACAAGACCCUGACCCUGAAUGUGUUGAUCCAGGGUGGGGGUGUGAAUGAGACUCAGCCGCUGCCGUCCAAGGUGCUGGACAUCGAUACGAUCACCCAGGUGAAGGAGAAGCUUCUGGACCAGGUCUACAAGGGCUCUUCGUUCUCCCACCGGCCACACACAGACUCCCUGGACCUGGAGUGGAGAGCUGGUGUAGCCGGUCAUCUGAUCCUGUCUGAUGAGGACCUGACGUCUGUUGUCCAGGGGAAUUGGAAACGGCUUAACACACUACAACACUACAAGGUUCCAGACGGAGCAACAGUAGCUUUGGUCCCACGCCACAGCAAACACAUCCAUCAUGACAACCACGACUACAUGGCAGGGGAAAAAACACCCAUGCUGGAGGACGCGGACGAGGGUGGGGUUCGGCUUUGGCACCUGGUCAAGGCCAGCGAGGAGCCAGAGCUCCCCAAGCACCGCCGGGGCAGCGUGAGAGAGAGGGAGCGGGCCAAGGCCAUACCGGAGAUCUACCUCACACGGCUGCUGUCUAUGAAGGGCACUCUGCAGAAGUUUGUGGAUGACCUGUUCACGGUGAUCCUGUCCACGAGCCGUCCUGUUCCGCUGGCCGUCAAGUACUUCUUUGACCUCCUGGAUGAUCAGGCACAGCACCACUCCAUCACAGACCCGGAGACCAUCCACAUCUGGAAGACCAACAGUCUGCCUCUGAGGUUCUGGAUCAACAUUGUAAAAAACCCGCAGUUCAUCUUCGACGUCCAGCCCUCGGACCACGUGGACGCCGUGUUGACGGUCAUUUCCCAGACCUUCAUGGACUCGUGCACCACCUCCGAGCACAAACUGGGCCGGGAUUCACCAAUCAAUAAACUACUGUAUGCUCGAGACAUCCCCCGGUACAAGCAAAUGGUGGAGAGGUACUACGCUGAUAUCAGACAAACCAUCUCUGCAAGUGACCAGGAGAUGAACUCUGCGUUAGCAGAACUGUCCAGGAAUUACUCUGGAGAGUUGAAUUACCUCGUUGCCCUGCAUGAACUGUACAAGUACAUCAACAAGUACUACGACCAGAUCAUUGGGGCCCUGGAGGAGGACAGUACGGCCCAGAAGAUGCAGCUGGGCUACCGGCUCCAGCAGAUCGCUGCGGCCGUGGAGAACAAGGUCACAGACUUGUGACCGAGGACCACACUGAAACGCCGGCACAGAGAGACCACACUGAAACGCCGGCACAGAGAGACCACACUGAAACGCCGGCACAGAGAGACCACACUGAAACGCCGGCACAGAGAGACCACACUGAACACCUCAAGCCCUUCAGUAGUUGCUUGUGUGUGUGUGCGCGAGCGCGCGGAUGUGUGGUUACAAACUCUUCCCUCAGCAUUGCGGACAAGAAAAGAGAAACCCGUUACUGCAGACACAUUCACAAGGAGGAGCCAUGUUUGUGUCCCGUUCGCAUUGGCUUCCAGAACUGUCUGGAAGUAGAGUAAGGUGCUGAAGACAGCACUAGUCUCGCGACGGAAGGAAUCCCGUUAUGUGUUUUAAAAAAAUGACAGUUUGGUGAAAGCUCGACGGAGAGAGAAAGGGAUGGUUCGAGAUGGAAAGGAGUCAACAGUCACCGUUUCACUUGAUGGCACGACAUGAAGCCAUUUCACACCACAAGACACUGGGUUGGUGAUGAGACAUGGAGACGGCUGUGGAGGCCGUGUGUUGGUGUCUUCUCAUGAUAAGGGGUCAUAUCGUCCGCCCGUCUCCCUCUCUUCGGUUGUGCAUAUGUGCCAGGGUGAGCUGUCUUUGUUUUACGUAGCGAUACACCUAGAGCCUUGGGCAUUACUUGUAAAAUGCCUUCCUCUAUAUAGGGCAUGGUUGGGUUGGUUUGACACAAACGUUGUUAUCUGGGCACCACAUCGUCACGGAUGAUUACAGUUGAAUAAAGUAGGUUUCCUAGGGGCUUUAGUCUUUAUUUACACUCUACCUCCUUUUAUUCAUCUGAAUUUUUCUGUACUCGUUUUUUUUCUUCCAUUGCUCCUGAAAUGUUUUGCUAUUGCUGUCAUAAAUAAAAUGUAACCGAAUUAACAUGCAGGAUUUCUUGCGAUUCAGUUGUUAAUAAUCGCAAUCUGUAAUUUAAGAUAUUUCAUACCAAAAAAUCAGUACAAGAACAUUGGCAUCUUGAUUUUGUUUAAAGUAACAGCAAAGAAACGUGGUCAAUUGAGAAAACACACUAUUAAACCUCAAUGUCAGCUUGCGCUUUUUCUUUUUGCUUUACGGAUUAUUAUUUUGGAUGUUUUCAGUGUAAUUUGAACACUGUUCUAAUUAUCUGAAGAUCACACAGUUUUUUGCACCUAAAUCAAAAAAUUACAAGUGACCGUUUAAAUGAACUGAUUAACUGACUGCCCUAGUUGUAACAGUAGCUUAAUUCUCUAUCCGUCCAAAUCAAAAGAGCACAGUGUUUUUCUGAGUAGUGGACAGUUGCCACACUCAUAAGAAAACUAUUCUCUUUUUUCAAUGGUUUUUUUGUUUGUUUAAUUUGUCAAUCUGCUUUUUUAGUUAGCACCCCUUUCCAUACCAAUCUGUGAGAUGUUUGUCUUUAUGGUAUAGAAUUGGGAGAACAGAUUUGUUGUCAAAGUUGAAAUGAACAGUUUUUGGUGACUGAAUUGACUCCAGGAUAAAGAUUGGUACGAAAAGGAAGGAGGCAGUCUUUCUAAAGGUACUGAAAUUAGUUGACCGUGUGGAUAAAUGGUUUACUUACAGUAAUUUGUUGGUUUUACGCUGUUUAUUUUUGCUGUUUCUAAACGGUACCAGUCACUGCAGGGACCCUAGUUCAGUGAUUGAACAAACCAAUCUCUACUCUAGAAUUUAAUAUAGUUAAAACCUGUCCCACAGUUUUUUAUGGGGUAUUUUCAGUUUUUUCAUGUUGUACAUUUUUAACAUUCCCUUUUUUAUUUUAAACCAAGAGAAAUCUAUUGAAUCAUGUUUUAGUUCUGUUGUAAGCUUGUCUAACAGUGGAAAACCGCUUGUUUAUGUGUAUUGCAGUUCUUCUGCUGAACACAAGAUGGCGACUAUAUAUUUGUUUAACUUAUUUUCUAACUGCUGAAAUUACUGUCCUUGUUUCACAGAAAAAUACUUUGACCUACUCACAUUUUGCAACGUUUGAUCGAAUAUUAGGUUUAAGGAGCAAAUUUCUGAAUUUUACUGAAAUCGUUUUCUCGUGAUUACGGGGUGUGUCAUUCACCAUGUGCUCAAUUCUGCAUUCUGUCACAUUACGGCAUCAUUUCCUGAAGCUGGUUGUCCCAAAUGUCAAUGUGUUACCUGUGCAGUGUAUUAGUGUUGACCCAAUCACACCGUCUGUUUUUGUUUGGCCAUUUGAAAACCAGUCAUGCACCUCUUUUCUACUGACGUAUACAGAGCUUAUCCUUUUGGUGGGCGCCGCCGUUAUCCCCAGGUCGCACUGGCUCAAACAAGACAUACUAACUUAUAUAGGUUAACGUCACAUUACAUGCCACUCGAGCAACUAAUGUCUCAUUCAAGUUGACAAAGUUGUGUUCAUUUGAGGGAAAAACUGUAACUAUUGUUAGGCUGUAUGAAUUCAGCUAUGUAGAGCAGGCUCUGCAAUGAGCACAUUUUAAGAAUCGUUCUUAUUUUGUCUGUUAAUAUCGUUGUACAUAAUUAAUAUUGUUCCUGGUAGCGACUUAAUCUGUUUAAUAAAAUGUACAUUCUUACAGGUGGUGAAGUAAUAAAAGUAUUCGUAAAAUCA